AAUGGCCUUUGAGAUUCCAGAGGUGGACUACUAAGAACAAAGUCAGGGUCUGCACGAAACUCUGCUGGGGCUGGGGAAGGAGAAAUGGGAGACAACCAUUUGCACUUCAGAGAAACUUCUGUUGGAGAUGGUAGAGGUGCCCAGAAGGGAAAGAGGUGGACUGUGACUCUGAACAAGGUGUGUGGUGUAGCUUCCCAGGCUGGAGGUCUUAGGAGGACUUAAAGAGGUGCAGGCUCUGGAUGAAAAGAAAUCUGAAUUCAAAUCCUGACUCAGUCACUUAUUUAAUGUGUGACUUAGGACACAUUGUUUAUCCUCUCUGAACCUCGGUUUCCUCUUCUGUGACAUGGGGGAAGAUUACUGGGUGGAUUGCUGAGUGCUUGUUCUUGCCAUAGUGACCGCUGACAAGAAUAAUCCAGGGAGGUCGUGUUGUCAUUGCUGCUCCUUUCUGGGCUCCGGGGUUAGCGUUCACUCCAUAGCCUGUGAAAACUGUCACCGUCUGGUGUGAUAAUGUGAGUGACUGCCUCUCCAAGCUGUGUCACCUGGCUGCCUGGAUGAAGGAACAGAGGCCCAGAGAGGGGCUCUGCACCCUCCCAGCACCUUCCAGGGGAGAACGUCCGUCUGUGCGAGUCACAAAGGCGCCGUUCCAGGGGCCCGAGAACGCCCGGACCUGGGGCUUGGGGUCGGCGCGGGCCAGCACAGCGGUGCAGCUAGCUGUUCUCCCAGCGCCGUCCGACACGCAGCUGCGGCCGACGUCGGACACGCGGUGGGAGCGGUCCUGCAGGCCGCCGCUGGGCAUUGCAGAGAGAGAGAAGAGCACUUGCUGGCUUUGACCUCCCUGGGUACGGUGUCUGAGCAGAGGAAAAGCACAAUUCCUUCAAGAUGCCAAUGAAGAAGUACAGGAGAAAAGACCCUGAAAGUUCCCAGGAACCUUCAGAGAAGACCAAAGAGCAGCUGGCUGAGGGGGAGCUUCGGAAGCUGAGGCAGCAAUUCCGGAAGAUGGUGGACAGUCGGAAGUCCUUUAACUUCCGCUCCCAGCGGAAGAUCACAAACCAGCACAAGGAAAUCAAGACCCUUCAGGAGGAGCAAGAUGAGAUCACCCUGCUUUUGAAUCUCAUCAAGUCCUCCAGGAACCUGGAUCUCAAUGAGAAAAACUACGUGGAACUGCGUUUCCUGCUGCAAACUAAGGAGGACUAUGAGGCCCUGAUUAAAUCAAUGAAACUGCUGUUGGCUGAACUGGAUGAGAAGAUUGUUCAGAUGGAGAAAAAAAUUGUAACCCAAAGACAGAUCUUCACAAAAAUACAGGAGGCCAAUAACCCCCGGAAAUUGCAGAAACAGAUCCAUGUUUUGGAAACCCGUUUGAAUCUUGUCACUGUACACUUUGACCAGAUGCUGACCACCAACGCGAAGCUCCGGAAGGAGAUCGAGGACCUGAGGUAUGAGAAGGCUGCUUACGACAACGUCUACCAGCAUCUUCGUCGGCGCCUGUUGAUGCAGAAGAAAACAAUGAAUGUGGCCAUUGAGCAGUCUGCGCAGGCCUAUGAGCAGAGGCUGGAAGCCAUGGCCCGAAUGGCCGCCAUGAAGGACCGCCAGCAGAAGGACAUCUCUCAAUACAACCUGGAGAUCCGAGAGCUGGAGCGCGUCUACGACCACGAAACCAAGCUCAAGUCCUUCUUGCUCGUCAAGCUGAAUGACCGUCUUGAAUUCGAGGAGCAGUCCAAAAAGGAAGAAGUUCUCAAGGCAAAGAAGUUUGGGAAGAAGAGCAAGGGCGAGAGUUUUGAGAGCUACGAGAUGGCUCACCUCCGGCUGCUGAAACUGACGAAGACUGGGAACCUGAAUCAGCUCAUCGAGGAGUUUCUGGCCAAGGAGGAGAAGAACUUUGCUCGGUUCACAUAUGUCACAGAGCUCAACAACGACAUGGAGAUGAUGCACAAGAAGAUCGAGAGAAUCCAGAAUGAGAUCUUGCACUUGCGAUCCCAGCAGAAAUCAUCCCAUGAUGAUAGCCACUCCAUCCUGAGAGAGCUGGAGGAGAAACUGAAGAAGACCACGGAGGAGGCAGACAUGUACGAGAACAACUACAGGGAGAUCAGCAAGACCUUGGAGUAUCUCAAGACCUCAGUGGAGAAUCUGUUUAAGAAGAUAAAUUGUGAUGCCACCAAGAUCCUGGUGCAGUUAGGGGAGACGGGGAAAAUCACGGAUACCAACCUCCCGCAGUACUUUGCCAUCAUUGAGAAGAAGACCAAUGACUUGCUGGUGUUAGAAUCCUACAAGCGGCUUAUGGAAAUGGAAGUGACAGAGGCGGAGGUCCAGCCAUCCUUCCUCAACCCCUUCUGGGGCGGCUCCGCCCUCCUCAAGCCUGCAGAACCCAUCAAGGUCACCCCCCCAGUGUUCUGGGCUGACCCCUUUAGUGACAAGUUGGAUGAAGUGGAGCAGCCCCUGGACCACAGCAGCCUUCGGCAAAUGGUGCUCAACCACUACACCACAAGAGAGUCUCGAAACAGGGACAGCAUACCUGAAAAAGGGGACGAAGUGAAGUCCAAGAAGAAGGUAACAGUCUGA